AACCAGCUUCCUGGUAGUUUCGCUUGAAUUCAGAGCCCCACUCGGUAACGGCUCAUGAAGCAGAUUUGAACCCCAAACAGCAGCGCUGGACUCUCUGCGCUAACACAUCCGGGAGCCCGCCAUGCAGUUACUAGUCACGGUCAUCCUCACCCUGUGGGUCUCCUGGGCUCGUGGACAAGAAAUAGCAUGUAACCCGCCAAUAAUUGCAAACAGCCACUACCUUCCUAAAAGGACCAAUUACGGACUGGGACAAGAAAUCACGUACUACUGCACAAGUGGCUUCUUCCCAUCCAUCCGGGGAAAUACGGCAAAAUGUACGGACAAAGGCUGGGAUCCUCCUCCAAGAUGUAGCUUAAAUCCCUGUGAAUUUCCAGAAAUAAAGCAUGGACUCCUAUAUAGGGAAGACAAGUAUAGAUCAUACUUCCCAGCACCGAUAAAACAAUGGUUUUACUAUUCCUGUGAUGAAAACUAUGUGACUCCUACUGAAGAUUUCUGGCAUUACGUUACCUGCACACAAGAUGGAUGGACUCCAGAAGUGCCCUGCCGCAGAAAGUGUGUUUUUAAUGAUUUGGAACAUGUACGUUCUCCAUCUAAAGAACAAAGAUUGUUACAGGGACAGUCUAUCAAAAUUGACUGCCAUCCCGGCUACAGUCUCUCAAACGCACAGAGCACAGUGACAUGUACGGAGAAGGGCUGGUCCUCGCCUCCCAAAUGCAUCAAACAUUGUGACAUGCCCGUAUUUGAGAAUGCCACAGCCAUAAUCACUGGAAAACCAUUUCGACCCGAUGACACGUUGGACUACCAAUGCCUGGAUGGCUAUGAAAACAGAGAUGGAAGCAAAAAGGGUUCCAUGGUGUGUGGUGAGGACGGCUGGUCCCACUUGCCAACCUGCUUUAAAUCUGCAGACAAGUGUGGGCCUCCUCCAGCGAUUAGCAAUGGAGACAUCACCUCCGUCACGUUAAAAGUGUAUUAUCCGUGGUCAACAGUGAAAUACCAAUGCCAGGCCUACUAUCAAAUUCAGGGUCCUAAAUAUGUAACCUGUAGUUAUGGAAAGUGGUCUGAAGUCCCGAGGUGCAUAGAUCCAUGUGUAUUAUCAGAAAAAAUCAUGAAAGAAAAGAACAUACAGUUAAAUGGGAAAUAUGACAAAACCUAUUUCAUAAAAUCAGGGAAUAGUAUUGACUUUAAGUGCAAAUCAGGACGCAAGGCAGUGACGUCAGUGGAGUCAUUUCAAGCCUUGUGUCUGGAAGGGAAAAUGGAGUACCCCACGUGUAAAUGAAGAAGCCCUGUGGCCCCAAAUAUGUGGCCAGUCCCACCUACUGGUCUUCUUGCCUGAAAGCUUGCCAGUCUUCUGGCAUUUCCUGCUCUUUUCCACUAUAUUUCAAAGGACAAAAAAGCAAUAUGUUAGCCUCCUUUUCAACUUAAUCUUCUCCCAAAGAUGUUAACGCAACUAUAUCAUCACUUACACUUGUACCAAGACAAUAAUUCUUCACCGUCAUGGGAUUAGACUACUUGCCAAUAGAGCAAUAAACAGCAAGGGAGGUAA